GCAUUCGUUUACGAUAGAGUCGCGAGGAAGUAAUUAGAGAAGGGUUUAUUCUAAUCAUACCUUACCGUUGUUUCUCCCACCGCUAAUCAAAUGGCGCACCAUCCACUCCAGAGACUCGCGUCUCCGUCGAGACAACUGUCCUUGUUGCUGCACGUGGCUGGUAUUGCAUCUUUUUCAGCUUCGUUUAAGUUUCUUUUCAACUGGGAAACGCCGAUAUCUUCAUCUUUUGGUGGACAUUUCCAAUUUCUUACCAUUAUCGGCCUAUCUCUUUCACUAGGCACUUUUGUUGUCGGAGCUCUAGCCGAUGUGACGCUCUCGUCGCAGCUAUUUGCACUUAAGAAUAUCCUUUCUGUGUGCUCGGCGCCGUUGGAGGUGUUAAUCAGUAUCCUCUAUUGGGGACUCUGCGCCAUCGAUAAGACCCUCGUUGUCCCACCCGAUCUAGCACUCGACUUUCUUCCGGAUUUUGGCUUUCAUGCCGCCCCAGCUCUGUUCCUAGCCACGGAUUUGCUUGUUCUCAGUCCCCCUUGGACCAUUCAUGGUUACUCGGCGUUGGCUUUGAGUGAAUCUUUGGCGUUCCUGUAUUGGUUUUGGGUGGAAUACUGUUUCUCCCGCAAUGGCUGGUACCCUUAUCCCAUUUUCGAGUUGUUGAACACGUGGCAGCGGGCGCUACUCUUCACGUUCUCUGCUUCUUUAAUGACCGGAAGCACCAUGUUGUUGAAGUGGACCUAUGGAAAGAUAAACGGCAUCGAAGAGUUUAAGAAAGAAGCUGUGGGCAACCCGGCUGGGAUCAAACGGGAAUAGACGCAUCUCUAUCUAGGUACUUGCAUACCUAGUAGACGGAACUUUUGAUAGCCGUCGAUACAGGAACAAUCAACUGAAUUGCACCUUACCCAUCGACCCGGUUUAUUGGUUCUGGAAUUGGAUUUUUUUACAAAUCACAACCUAGCAUUGAUAGAUAUUAACUCGGGUCGGCCGAGAUUUCAAAGGGAAACGAGACAAUGAAGGACGGAUAGAUAUUAGAGCGCUCAACUUCAACAAAGUCUCUUUUUUACGAUAUACCUAGUACAGAAGUACAAGUUUAAUAAAGGGUCAUCGCAGACAUAACUAGCCUAUCAUGGUCGUGUCAAAUCAUGCGACUAUUUCUGCAGGUG